AUGGAAACGCCAGUUGUUACUCGACAGGUGCAACAACCACACAUGUCUGACGAAUCAAUACAUCGUCACGUCCGAAUGUUGAUGGAAGGAGAACGAAUGGGAGCGGACGAACUGUUUACAGCACUGAACAAAUUUUAUAACGAACAACGUUAUUCAUCGUCAGAGCGUAUUCGGUAUACACUAAUGUUUCUAAACGACCAAGGAAAAGAAUGCGGCCGACCGAUUCGUACACGUCCGUCACCGCCAAGUGAAAACGUAUCAGGGCACAAUGAAGAUAAGUGCACAUUGGAAGGUAUCAUCCGUGAAAAAUUUAACACCUAUUCGGGUAUGGGUGAUGCGAAAAGUUGGCUACUACAAACCAUGAAUCAAUUCAAAAUAUAUCAGAUACGACGGGACGACCAACUUGAAGCCAUCCCUUUACUGUUAGUCGACGAAGCUUAUUUAUGGCUCGUGGAAAACAUCGAAACUAUUCCAAACUUCGAAAUAUUCACCAAAUUAUUUCUUGGACAAUUUGCAUCACCAACAAGUCCCACCAAGGGUACUGUUGCACCAGCGACUACCGUACCUGUCCAUUCACCUGCAUCACACUUACAGAGAACCAUAGCUGAUGAAAUAAUCAAACGGCCAACAUAUUUUCGUGGUUCGCAAGAUGAUGUACACGACUGGUUGGAGAAAUUGGAACAACGAUUCACUAUGCCACAUUGGAACGAUGAGGACAAGUUACAAUCAUAUCAAUACAUCUACAAGAUGAUGCCUAUCGAUGGUGGAUAG